GGAACGCCGUCGCAGGCGGGCGGGGCGCGGCGGGAGCGGUUGUGCGAGGCACCGCCGUGCCACGUCUGAGGCGGGCAGAGGCCGGGUCGGGACGGCGGGGCCGCCAUGGUCUCGGUCAUCAACACCGUGGACACGUCCCACGAGGACAUGAUCCACGAUGCACAGAUGGAUUACUAUGGCACUCGCCUGGCGACCUGCUCCUCCGACCGCUCCGUGAAGAUCUUCGACGUCCGGAACGGAGGGCAGAUCCUCAUUGCAGACCUGAGGGGGCACGAGGGUCCGGUGUGGCAGGUUGCCUGGGCUCAUCCUAUGUAUGGGAAUAUCUUGGCUUCCUGUUCCUAUGACAGGAAGGUUAUUAUCUGGAAGGAAGAAAAUGGCACUUGGGAAAAGACCUAUGAAUACACAGGACAUGAUUCCUCAGUAAAUUCUGUCUGCUGGGCACCACAUGACUAUGGACUGAUCCUGGCCUGCGGCAGCUCUGACGGGGCCAUCUCCUUGUUGAGCUACACGGGAGACGGGCAGUGGGAAGUCAAAAAGAUCAGCAAUGCACACACGGUGAGUCUGGGCCUUUGGAGCAGCAGAGUUCCAGGAGCUACCAAGGGGAUUGUUGCCUCAAAGAACUUGACUAGAUAAAUACUGAAAUCCAGU